AUAAUGGUAAUUUCUCUCCUCAUCUUUACAGUACAGCAGUGUGCCAGAUUAUCCUUAGAUAUUAUGGGUUCAAACAGCAAUAGAUCCAAUGCCUAAUCUUCACUACAUAUCAUAACUGUACAUAGCCAAGUUGCCAGCAAUGGAUCACAGCUAUGUGAGUCGCCAAAUACCCCCAGUAGACCAGGAAGCGGCCAGCAGUAUACCACGGUCACCUGUCGGUCGGCGUGCUGGGCGGCCCCGUAGUGUGUCAGAAUCUGGCCAUAGUCAAUCUUCGGGGUCAGAUGUGUCUGCUAGGCUAGCCCUUCUGGCCACUCCUGGGAGAACAGCCAGCAACAAUCUUCAUGAUGCCCAAAGCAUGCGCACAGAAAGGCCAAGAAAGUCCAGACACUCCAGCGGCAAAGCCCAUGGAGGAGGCCGUGGGGGAAGAGAGGGCCGGUCUCCCUAUCAAGAGGGGGGCCAGUCCAGGAAGCUCCUCCUCCCACCAGCUUCAGCUGGGUCUGGGGAUGAGGAUGAUGUGGGUGAGGCCAGGAAGCCCCGUCCUCCCCCCCUGCCUGACAUCAUGCAUGACUGGGAGAUCAUUGUCAAGUCUCUAAAGGCAAAUGAACGCAGAGAGAAGCAGGAGGUAAGCAAGGGAUCCUCAACUAGUGGGGAAACCAAAUCUGCGAGGCAGAGGCGACAGGAGUCAAGAUCCACUGAGGAGCCUGUGUCCACCAACCGCAAGCUUGACUUCUCGGGUGAACAGAGGGUUCCUCCUGCUGAAGCCUCAAAACCUUCCAACAGUACAUUUGAAGCAGACAGCGAUAAAGAAAAUUCAAGACUGACUGAGAAACCAACUGCAUCUUGUGCUGACAGUACUGAAGACAACAGUGACAAUCAAACACAGCCUCCAGUUCCUGCUGUCUCACCAGGGGAAAUGAGUGACAGUAGUAAUGAACAAAACUCACAGACAGCUGAUUUAUUGGGAAAUAUAAAUAGCAGUGAUGUUGAAAAGCAAAAAGUGGGUAAUAUUAAUAUUGUCAAUAAGAAAUCUGCCAAGUCCUCAACAGACAGAAGAACAGAGGGGGAAUCAGAUGAGUGUGAUGAAGAGAAUAGUAAAAUUAGUGAAAGAACUCCAAAAAAAGGUGAGGACAAGUUGAAAAGGGGAGCUAAACAAAACACUCCAAAAAUAUCCAUGGGUCGAGGGAAUACCAUGGACAGUGUUUCACCCAGUGAGUCAGAGGGCCGAAACCAGGGCAGUUACCCAGUGCGGAGACUAUCAAAGUCUUUUCACCAAGAGGAAGUGUCUUCAUGUCCUGUAGGAAAGAGGAAGACCAGUGUAGAUGGAUCCAAAGAGGAUAUUAUAAAGAAGACCGAAGAAUCUACUAAGUCCAUUACUAAUGACAGUAGAAGGACAAGUAGUGAUAGUGUAGUUAGUAGUAUGACUGAAGAUGAUGAUAGAAGUGAUAAGAAGAGUGCAGUUGAAAACAAUACAACAUUUAAGCCCAGUGAAUUUGUGGAAGAUCUCAGUGAUCUGUCAAAAGUAUCACAUAAAAAGAAGAGACAAAGAACAGGUGAGUCUAUGUCACCACAGCAAUCACAGAAAGAUGAGGUGAAAGACAGUCAGAAAAUAAUAGCAGAAGUAAAGAGGUGUGAAGAAGGGAGUGAAGAAAAGGUUAAGAACAUAGAAAAGGAAGGAGGUACAGAUAUCCAAUCACUACCAUUGUUAACAAGAGGUAGAAGUAAUUAUGAUAAUGAUAAACAAGUGAUGCACAAUGCAGAAAAUAGCUAUGAGACUAAAGGGAAUAAGCAUAAGUCAUCUGAAAAGGGAACAUCUAUAGUUGUAGAGGAGCACAGAAAAAGCAUAGAGAUGAAAGCUGAAAAAGCAAAACCAAAUGAGGAAGUAGAGGUGGAAGACGAAAAGUUUUUGGGUUUCAGUCAGGAAACAGAGGGUCAUAUUUGUGCAGAUGCUGUUAAAGAGAAUUGUGUUAUUGAAGAAAAAAGGAAAAAUGAAUGUGAUCUAGAGAUCACAAUUACAGGCUUGAACUCUCAAAAUAAAAGUGACUUGAAUGAAGUUGCUAUUCCAAAUAGGGAACAGGUGGAACUUGCUCUGAAAAGGGAACAAUUUAUGGAAGGUACAAUUGGGGGCAAGACAAUCAUCAGCCAGGAAGACUUUGAACAUUUAUUUGGCUCAGCGGAGGAGGAUGAUCGCUUCACCUGCAACUUUGAGGGAUUUCAGAGCAGUGUCAGUAAAGAUGGCUGGCUGGUGAAUGAUUCCAUGGAAGAUGAAGUCAAUGAUGAGUCCUUUGAGGGUUUUACAUCAGAGGGAGUCCAAAACUUACUUGAAAACAAAAAAGUUUCUGCAGAGAGCUGUACUUUGCCAGGUGCUAGAGAGCUAGAGGUUAGAACUGUUAUCAAAAAUGCUUGUCAUACUUGCCAGUUAGUCUUUGACAGUCCCCAAGAGUGGCAACAACACCGUCGUAUUGGGCACAAAAGGAUAUAUGAAUGUGUCUUUGAUGAAGGCUACUGCAAGGAGAGCAAAGGAGCAGUUCAGUACCAUGCACACUUGUGGGAACAUCACGGAGCUCUAGUCAAAAAGAUGUUGGAAGAUCUAACCAAUGAUGUGGCAAUGUGCAGUCUGGCAGGUUCUCCCUCCACUUGUGCCCAGCCAUGCAGAGUCUGCCUUUGCCUCUUAUCCCAGCCAACAUGUCAAUUGCAUGAACUGCUUGUGCAUGGCCUGGGUUCCUCCAUGUUACCUCUAGGCUCCUCCUCUCUGCAGGCAACAGUGUGGUGGACAGGCCGGGGUCUUGCAUGGACAUGUCAUCAGUGCUGUUCAUCUUCAGGUAACCAGAAUGCACAGUACUUUCUAAUGACGUGUGCCCCCCAUGCAUUUCCAAAGAUACUGGCCAAUCACCGUGUUAAUGUUCAUCUUCUGGCUGACACAUUGUUACAUGGAUGGUGGCUACUGCUUCAGCUGCUGUUGACCCUACCCCCAGCUGCUCGGUCAUCUAUGGCAACUAUGUUGGUCUUAGGGUUACAAAAUAAUCCUUUAUUUGCAUCCUGCUUGCUAUGCAAGCGUUCCUUAGCAUUUAUUGUCAGUCCCCAGUUGGACAAGCCAAGGGGGUUAUGCAAGGGUUGUAAUGCUGUAGUGAAAGAAAGCAAAGCCUGUUGGUACCACUGUGGUUUUUCACAGCCUUCAAGCCAGAGUGCACUUGCAGCCCACCUCAUGGCCCACCAUAAGAAGGAGUUAGCAGGGGGAUGGUGUGUUCUCUGUGGCCAGUGGUCACACUCACUGCUUUCACAUGUGUUUGGCCAUUCUUUUCUCAAGGGAAAUACGUCACACUUUCCAUGCCACUUUUGCCAUGAUGCACUGGUAGGGCAAGACUUCCUUUCAUGGGUGGUUCACUCAUGGACAACUCAUGUGUUCCCUUGCCCAUUCCCCACAUGCAUCAUGAACCAUGGUGAAGGGCAGGAUGACAAAAUGAAAGGGAGGACAGUCCUUGCCACAGCAGAUCUUCUGUUGUCACAUAUCAAAACUAAUCAUCUUCCGGGAGAUGGAGCACUGUCCUUGGAUGAAGUCAGCGUGAUUUUGCAGUGGAUUCGAGGAGGGCAGGGAGGGCUGCUCAUGUCUCAAGAUGCCCUCAAGUUGGACUCUUCCUGGCACAGUCACACAGGUGAAAUAUUUUCUCUAGUACACUCAGGUCACCAUCUAAGGCCUGCCUUCCCUGUUAAGGUGUGGAUAACUUGUGUUGUGUGUGGAUGCUCAACAACCCUGAAACUUCGUUAUCUUGAUUCUCACCCAUCACCAGUGUGUCUCCACUGUCACCUUGGGAUACAGCGUUGUCAAUCUGGCCCUCCUUGGCGGUGUCCUGUCCAUCAUUGCAAUGUCACUUCACAACAUUCAAGCCUUCUCUACACACACAUCAUGGAGUCCCCAAAACAUAGACAGACCUUAAAACCAAACCUCAAGUACUCAAAACUCCCUGGUAAAUGCCCAAAAUGUGAGUUAAGUGAGGUUUUCAAGGACCGACUGUCACUCUUUUGCCAUCAGAUUCUUUCACAUACUCUUGCCUGCUUGGCUUGCCCUGCCCAUGCCAUAACAGAUGCUUCGCUGCAGCAGCACCGCACCACCUGCCAUGGCCUGCGCUCUUGGGAUGCUCUCUGGACUCGGCUGAAGCACAAGCAGCAGCAGAAGUCUUCUCAACUUGGCCAGAUGAGUGAGGUGGACGGAAGUGUGAUGAUGGUGGGCAUUGGGCAGCAUGGUGGCAUCAUUGCCAAAUGUGAUCCAUGUAUGAGCAUAUCCUCACUAAUGGAGACCUCUCCUAUUCUAAACCAAGAGACAGUGGAGGCAGAAACUCGCAGCAUUCAGGAACAGGUUGAGGAGAGGAUGGCAUGUGAGGAUGAGGAAGCUGCCCAAGGUUGGUGUGGCUCCCUGUGUACAGUGUCCAUGUCACCUCACAAGUCAACCACACCCACCACUGACCAUGGGUCACCAGCCACUACAAAGAAGGAGCUGAAUACAGUCACAGAAGAUACAAAGGUUCUGAAAAAUCAGAAGCUGAAGUGCAAUGCAGAAAAUCCUGAAAUACCUGUUACAACUAAGAAAGAGGUAGAGGAAAAUGCAAGCAAAGUGAUUGCUCCAGCUGUGACUUCAUUUGAGGAUGAAGCAUGCAAAGAUGAGAUGAAUGAUGAUAGUGAAGAAGACAGUGGGAGUGAGCCACCCCUGCAGAUUGAUACUGCUGCAGCCUCACCAAGUUCACCUAGAGAGUCUUACCCUCAUAGUCCCACCUCCAACAUCUCCAGUCCACCCAACUACCAUAUAGCCUCUAAUGUGGAAACUGCUAUCAAACCAGGUGAAGUUAAUACUGAUUCUGUAUCUAACUCAAAAGCUGAAGUUAGCAGUGUAACUAAAGCUAAGGUAGUAGCAACUAAAACUGCUAAGGAUAAACAGGCUAACAAAGAUGGAAGCACACCAACUUUUGAGCUGGUUGAUGCACUAAACAGUGUUGUGGCACACACAAUCCGCACCAUGACAGAGGCCAUCACAGGACAGCUGCAGCAGACCAAUGACAUAAGUAAAUCCAAAGCACCUGUUGAGCAAGCCACUCCCAAACCAGACCCAGGAUCACAAGCCAUUCAAGAGAUAGAGAAUAUCCCCAAGAAGAAGGGUAACAUCAAAGAGAAAGUGGGACGGAGGGGUGAGCCAAAACCACCACCCAAAGGACUGGGAGAGAAUGCAGAUAUUGAUGAAGCUUCUGUAGCAGAGAAUAUUUUACAGGACCUGAAUGACAAAUUUACUGGUCAGUGUGUGGGAUGUAGUGUGAGUGUGCUGCUCCCUCGCCUUAGCGAUCAUGUGAAAGAGGCUCACCCACAAGCUCAGGUAAAUUGUACAUGUGGAGGGUUUCAAGGUGCUCUCAAUGAGUUCCUGGUCCACUCCUUCCACCUAUCUCAUUUGCCCAGUGAAGCACGACCCAUUGUUUUAGCUACACCAGAUGGAGUGCAAAGGACUAUGGUGGUGCUUGAAGCAAGAACUUCCCCACCAUCAAUGGGUUACACUUACCCUUGUUUCAAAUGUGGGAAGAGGUUUAAGCAAGAGAAGUCCAGACAACUCCAUUAUAACCUUUGUAAACUGGAGAAAAAGUUUGAAUGUGAUGUUUGUGGAGAGAAGUUUGUGCGUGAUCAUCAUCUUGUAAAACACAAAGAGUGGAAGCACAACCCACAGACUUGUCCACACUGUGGGAAAUGCUUCACUUCAGAAGUUUCCCUUACUCAGCAUGUCCUCCACAUACACAAGAAGCAGUUAACUCACAAGUGUGAACAUUGUGGUGACAGGUUCAGUACCCGCUCGAGAUUACGAGUACACAUACGAAUUCACACAGGAGAGCGACCACACAGUUGUCAGCGGUGUCCCAAAUCAUUUGUAUCCAGAAACCUUCUAGCAAAGCAUCUUGCCUCAGAUCACCAAACUGCUAAUUACCAGUCUGACUCCAGUGAAGACCUGAGCAAGUACAAAAGUCGCAAACACAGGUCUUCCGUUGACAGACCCCCUGUGCCAAAGAAUGCAAGUGACUCUGAAUCAGAGACUUCUGACUGCGAGGGAAAUGAGGACAAGGAGAGUCGUGUUAACAAGCAGGAUGAUGAUGACAAGGCAGCUGAGGAGGAGUUUCAGACAAGGCUUGUGAUGCUAGCCAUGACAGAGUCUGACUUAGAGACCUCAGACUCAGAGAGUGAUGUGGCACCAGUAUCACAGAAGAGAUCUGCAGGAGGGAGGCAGGCAAGCAGCCGCCAACAGAAGGCAGCAGCAGCAGCAGCAGCAGCAGUGACAGUGUCAGCGGCAGCAACUGCAGUGGCAGGAACACAAAUAACAAAUAAAAUAGAUUCAGUGUCACCAUCUCCAGAUCCAUUGCCAGAACAAGAAGCCCAGCUUGAAAGCCAUCAACUAGACAUACAGAGGAGUCACACUGAACAGAGGAGAAAAAAUCUUGUAGACAGCUCUAGUGGAGUUGUAGGUGCCAUUGGUGGGGCAGUGGAGGAAAACCAGACUUCACCUGUGGUUCGGGAAGAAAUGGCUCAGAUCAUGGACAGGGCAGUUGGGGUACGCUGUGGGCCAUGCCAUCAGACAUGGAGUGAUUCUGCUGGAAAGCUUCUCCACAUGUACCUGGUUCAUCCGCAGUUAGUCUUGAAUUUAGGUCUUACGUCAUGUGCAUUUUGUAAAUACUCGUUUUCUUCAGCAGAUGAUAUCAAUGAUCAUCAUUUGGCCUACCAUCAGCGGUCCAUGCUUCCCAAUGGAACAUUUCGGUGUCUGUGUGGGCUGGUGUUCCGUGAAGAUGGUGCCUAUUACUUCCAUCUCUACUAUGCUCACAAAGCUCAGCGUGCCCUCAAUGUUGGUGGUGAGAUAGUCUGCCGUGUUUGUGAGGGACGACCUAGGCUAAACAAAAUUGUAGAUCUAGUUGUGCACUUGAGUGACACUCAUACCAUGUUUGACCAUGUACGAGUAAAUGAUGCCUACAUCUGUAAUUUUUGCUACAAAGCAUUUGAGUCAUGGACAGUGCUGAGUCUCCACUUUUUCAUGGUACACAAAGCUACAAAGAGUCAAACAUUGAGCUAUGAUUGCCCAUACUGUGAGGGUGCAUCUCCCUGGCAUUCCCUAGAAGCCUUGCAGUACCACUUGGACAAUGUGCAUCCAGCCAGACACAGGAAGCAUAAAGUCCCAGAGAAUUCUCUGAGAAGCAUUUACAUGCCAGCCACUCACAAUGAUUCUGCCACAACACCAGCACCUGCUGUUAGCAAAAAGAGAAAGAAGGUCAUGUCCAAAAGCAACAAUCCAGAAGAGUUGCCCGUGAAAAAGAGGAAGAAGAUAGGCAGGAAAAAGGCAGUCCCAGACAACAUGAGAAGAUUAGAUGCAGAUGAAACCCUUUACUGCAUCUGCCAGUGUCCUUAUGAUGAGGUCUCAGACAUGAUAGGAUGUGACAAUCCAUCCUGUCGCUAUCAGUGGUUUCACUUUGAGUGUGUUGGGAUCAUGGCUGCACCAGAAGGGAAUUGGUAUUGUCCUGAGUGUACAACUACACUGAAAACUGUUCACAAACCACCAGUAGUGCAGCAACAGCAGCAACAGCAACAACAGCCACUGCAGGAGGAGCACCAACCACAUGCUGAUCUGUAUGAGUAUUACAGCAAUUAUGAAAAUGACCAGCAACCUUCACCUGUGGUGACAGUGCAGCGGCAGCGUUCCUCCUCGUCUUCUUCAUCUUCCUCCUCCUCAUCCUCCUCCUCAAGUGACUCCUCUUCCUCCUCCUCAAGCAGUGAUUCUAGCAGUGAAAACUAAAUAGAUAUUGAAUUAACUGCCAAGGUGUACUACUGGUCUCUCUGACAUUAGAUUCUGAACAUUAAUCAGUCAGAAAGAUAGUGAGAGAGAGAGAAAAAAAAAAACUAAUAGAGAAAGGGGAAAAAAUCCACUGUCUAAACUUGUUAGUUAAUGAGUGAUUUACCUUUGCUUUCUUGUCAUAAUUUUGUUGUAUUUCUCUUGCCUUAUUACAUAAAUCCCCCUAUCUGUCACUUUCUGUGGGGAUUAUCUCCUUCCUGAACUACAAAAUUACUUGUUUAUCAUCUCUGUCCAUCGUCCAUGUAGGACUGGAUAGAAAUGCUUGCUUUGGUAGCAAGGCAUUGCAACUAAAGUACAGUACCUGAGACCUAGAAGCAAAGUUGGUGGUCACUAGCUCCUCCAUCAGUAGUUGCCACAUUGGUGACCUCAGUGUGGGAGUGGUGUGUGAAGAAAUUUUCUAUGUGUACAUACUUAUUGUUAUCAUUUGUAUUGUGAUCCAGAAAGUAAUUAAAUUAAGAUAAAUCACUAAUUAUUCACUUCAUUCAGAUUUUAUCAAUCCUUUUUUAAAUACCUCUGCAACAUAAAUGAUGGUGAAAAGGGAGAGAAAAAAAAGGGAAAAUGUGCCAAAUUUGUAUUUUCACUAGUAGGGCCAUGGAAGAAUAUUACAGUAGCAUACAAAUACUAUACUGUAUUGUAACCAAUUUCCCACCUUUUCUAUAUUUUAAAAAUUGAUAUAGUUAACCCUGAAACAAGGAAAUAUCCCAGUCUCAUGUACAGAUCGCACUUAUUCCAAAGGAUUAUUGUUAUUAUUGAAUACUAAUGCCAUAUGGGCUGAACUGGGCAACAGAGAUAUAAAGUAAAUUCCUUAUAUCUCUGUCUUUUAUUUCUGAUGAUGUAGCCACUUCAUAAUGAAAAAGUUGUUAUUGAUUUAUUUGUAAACUUAGAUCAAUAUUAGAGUACUACUGACCUGUGUAAAUACUGUAUUCAUUCAAAAAGAGAGAAUCCUAUGUACAAAGUGUAUUAGCGAUUCAUAUAUGUGAUUUAAUGUUCAUAUACUAUAGCUAGGGAUUGGACAGAAGAGAGUAAGAUUCUAUACAUAAUAAUAAUAACAAUAAUCAUGAUAAUGAUAAAAAUAAAAUCAGUCAUCAGCUUUCAGCAGAGAAAGAAAAAGAACAAAUACGGACAGUUCAAAUAUGCAAUUUGUUACCAGGGAAACUUAAGCUGACUAUGUUUAACUCAAUUCUCAUUGGUAAUUGUGUAUUCUGUUAGGAAGUAUAUGACAAGUUAUUAAUGACAAAUUAUUUGAAAUAGGGAAGGUUUUAACUCAAAUAACAAAAGUGGUACUCUUGAGAGUACAGAGACAAACAGCUUUUGAGGAGACUUUUUUAAGACAAGAACUUAUGUAAGGUAUGUUCAUUAUUUCAUGUAGAAUGAUGCCUAGUUUACCAAAGCCUGGAAUGGGUGUUUGUGUAUGGCAUAGCAUAAGUGCAAAAGCAAUUAAGUAGUCCAGAUUUUUUUUUGUUUGCUCUGCAUUUUGACUUGGUUUAACAGCAUAAUAAUCUAUUAAACCGUAUUUUUUGUAAA